AUCAAAAUGGCGACCAACAUGGAUAUUCCAUCAAGGCUCCCAUUGCUAAUACUAGAAGAUAAGGUCCUUCUUCCAGGCUCUUCAAUGAGAAUAGCAAUAAGGGAUAAUGCAAGCAUUCGUAUGAUGGACUCAAGGCUGUUGAAGAGAGAUUUGCUAAGAAGUGUGCUCGUUGGUGUGGUCCCACGACGAUCAAACGAAGAGCAUUCUAGCCAGGUAUUAGUGAACACCUUGGGUACAGCAGCUGUCAUUGUCCAGGUUACUGGUACAAACUGGCCAAAACCUCUCUACACUUUGCUGGUGACUGGACUUUGUAGAUUUCGUAUUGACAGCAUUAUCCAGGAAGUACCGUUUCUUAUUGGUAACAUUACACAGAUGGAUUCCCCCUCAAAACAAGAAAUGGACAUCAAGAAAAAUGCAGAAUUGACUUCAAUAGCAGUGGAAUUUCGAAUUUUAGCUGAAGACAUAGUUGACAUGCUUGAUGGAAAGAUCCCUGUCAUUACCAGGCUUAAGGAAAUGCUGAGUGCUCUGCCAGACCACAGCCUCCCAGACACCCUUGCUUCCAUUGUCAAAGCUACAUUUGAUGAAAAACUAGAGGUCUUAAACACAACUGACUUGGUUGAAAGAUUCAAGAAAGCACUUCAUCUCUUGAAAAGACAGCAAGCAGGACUAAAAUUGGGAGAGCCAGUUAAGAAGAUUUCAAGGUCAAGUGACCCAAAGAGAACAAAGCAGAUGAAAAAGUUUGGUGGUGGAUCUUUCCCAAUAAGGAUCAACAAAGGUUUUGAUGGUGAUGACGAUAACGACGACGAGGAUGACAUUGAGGAACUGGAGGGGAAAAUAAAAGCCGCUGAGUUACCAGAGCAUGCUUUGAAAGUUGCAAUGAAAGAACUCAAGCGUUUAAAGAAAAUGCCUCCCCAGUUUCCAGAACAUGCCACAACAAGGAAUUAUUUGGAAUGGAUGACUGACUUGCCAUGGAGCAAGGAAACCAAGGACAAACUGGACAUUGCACAAGCAAGGCAUGAUUUAGAUCAGGAUCACUAUGGCCUGGAAAAGUUGAAGAGAAGAGUAAUUGAGUAUCUGGCUGUCAGAAAACUGAAAAACAGCUUAAAAGGUCCAAUUCUGUGUUUUGUUGGUCCACCUGGGGUGGGUAAGACAAGUGUUGGCAGGUCAAUAGCCAACACACUUGGAAGAGAGUUUCACAGGAUCUCAUUAGGAGGGAUCCAUGACCAGUCAGACAUAAGAGGACACAGGAGGACAUAUGUUGGCUCAAUGCCAGGGAGAAUCCUAACAGCCCUCAAGUCUGUAGGAGUAAAGAACCCUGUUAUUUUACUGGAUGAAAUAGAUAAACUGACUAAGAGCCUUCAUGGUGAUCCCUCAUCUGCUCUGUUAGAAGUACUGGACCCUGAGCAAAACUGGACUUUUGUUGACCACUACCUCAAUCUGCCAUUUGAUCUAUCACAGGUUCUGUUCAUAGCCACUGCAAACAGCAUAUCUACUAUUCCACCUGCUCUUCUAGACAGAAUGGAGCUUAUCCAAGUACCUGGAUACACCCAAGAAGAAAAACUUGCGAUUGCUACAAGGCAUCUCAUUCCAAAGCAGCUUAAGUCACAUGGCUUGAAAGAAGCUGACGUUCAGUUUUCUCAGGACGCAGUGAAGUCCAUAAUUUCUAGUUACACUCGCGAAGCUGGUGUUCGUUCGCUGGAGCGAAAUCUUGGCGCGCUCUGUCGAUCAGUAGCUGUGAAGUUUGCAGAGAAAAACGCCACGAAUUUCGAGCCAAAGGACGAAAAAGACGCGCAAACAGAAGAUAGCACGGGAAAGGAUGUCAAGGCUGCAAUAAGUAAUGGUGACAUUCAAGUACCGUUCACCAUCACUAAAGAAUUCGUGGUAAAAGUCCUUGGGCCUCCAAUUUUCGAAUCAGAAGUCGCGCAACGAUUAGCUGUACCAGGUGUUGCCACAGGGCUAGCAUGGACUGCGAUGGGUGGAGAGAUAAUGUUUGUAGAAGCUACACGUAUGGGAGGUGAAGGACAACUUACUCUCACUGGACAACUUGGUGACGUCAUGAAGGAGUCUGCGCAGUUGGCUUUAAGUUGGCUUAGGAGUCACGCGGUUGAGUAUGAUCUCGCUAGUGAUCAUGAAGUAGACUUGGUAGGAAGGACAGAUAUUCACGUGCAUUUUCCUGCUGGUGCUGUUGGCAAAGAUGGUCCUUCAGCCGGGUUAGCCAUCGUAGUGGCAUUGGUUUCUCUUUUCAGCGGUCGAUGCACGAGAUCUGACACAGCAAUGACUGGUGAAAUAACACUUCGUGGACUCGUACUCCCGGUGGGAGGAAUCAAAGAGAAAAUCCUUUCAGCUCAUCGUGCCGGCAUAACCAGGGUCAUACUUCCCAAGAGGAACGAAAAGGAUUUACGCGAAAUUCCCGAAAAUGUUAAGAAUGACUUAGAAAUCCUUACAGUACAAAGUGUGGAAGAAGCAUUACGAGUCGCAUUCGAAGAUGGCUUUCCAUUCCUUAGGAUAACGAAUAUCGUUGGUAGAAGCAAAUUAUAACAGAAUAUUAAUGAUGAAUCAGUCGUACAGUGCUGCACAAAGCGUAGCAAGAUGGCAGAGAAAAGGAGAUUAUUUUAUCAAUAGAAGCUAUUGUCCUUUGAAUGUAUAUAGACCACACCAGAACAAGUAUUUUCAUAAAAUCAUUAUAAAGUCAUAUCCAUGUGAACAGAAGAAAAAGUUAAAGCAAAAUAGCUUUAAAUGCAUGACAAAUAGUCUAUCAAUCACAAGCAUGCACAAAACUAUAAGCAAAUCGUCUUAAAAAGUUGCUUGGCGUUUUUACUCAGUUGCCCCAAAAGCAAGAGUUCAUUGAUUGUUAGACAGUUUGUGCUUGAAAGAUAACUGCGCGAUCUUAAAAUAUGAAUUACUAGGAGCCAGGCCACAGGAAACCUUAAGCUUCUGUAAUGUUUGAAAAACAAAAGAAAAUCUAAUGACUUUCAACAGUCCUUGCGAAAAACGUGGAUUUGCGAAGGCUGAUGUUUUGACUUUUUUCCUAAUAUUUAUAGAAAACUUUUGGGGUUCCUGUGCCCAUCCUGAAGUUGUUUAAAAGAUCUAUCCUUAAAGUGCCUAUCACCCUUCUGACAAUACUCUCAGUGUUGAUUCUACAUGGGGUAAGAUGUGGAAUAACCCGAAAAUAUUUCAUAGUUUGAGUGCGGCUUCUUGAAGUUAUAAAGGU